UUCCAGCGCAGCCUGGCGACCUAGUGAGUGAGGAGAGUGUGGGCCUCGGUAACGAAUAAGCGGCCGGGAAAGCCGCGGGGACGCCGGUCGGCCUGGUCCCGAGAGCGCGCAGGGGCGGGGCGGCGCCGGGUUGCGCAAGAGCCGGCGCGGCGGGGCUCGGCCUCGGGGCGCGGGAACUCGGGGUUCGGCCUCGGGACUGGGGGGACGCGGGGCUCGCCCCCGCCCCGCCCGCUUUGUGACCUCACGCCGCCCGCCGCCCGCGCCAUGUGCUGCCUGCUGCGGGGCUUGGGCUUCGUGCCCUUCCUGCUGGUCACCUGGUCGGCCGCCGCCUUCCUCAUCUCCUACGUGGUGGCCGUGCUGGCGGGGCACGUGGACCCCUUCCUGCCCUACAUCAGUGACACAGGAACAACCCCUCCAGAGAGCGGUAUUUUUGGGCUCAUGAUAAACUUCUCUGCGUUUCUUGGCGCCGCCACCAUGUACAUGCGCUACAAGAUCGUGCAGAAGCAGAGUCAGGGCCUGCGCGGGACGCCGCUGCUCAACGCCGUGUCCCUGGGGCUCGGCCUGGCCGGCUGUGUCGGGAUGGGCAUCGUGGCCAACUUCCAGGAGCUGGCCGUGCCCAUGGUCCAUGAUGCGGGUGCCCUGCUGGCCUUCGUGUGCGGCGUGGUGUACACGCUCCUGCAGUCGGUCAUCUCCUACAAGGCCUGUCCGCAGUGGAACAGCCCGUCCACGUGCCACGCACGCAUGGCCAUCUCCGCCGUGUCCUGUGCAGCUGUGGUCCCCAUGAUUGCCUGUGCGUCCCUGAUUUCUAUAACCAAGCUGGAAUGGAACCCAAAAGAGAAGGACUACAUGUACCACCUGGUGAGUGCCGCCUGCGAGUGGACGGUGGCCUUCGGCUUCAUCUUCUACUUCCUGACCUUCAUCCGGGAUUUCCAGAAUGUGACCCUGAGGAUAUCCACGGAGAUCAGUGGUGACCUCUGAAGAUGUCUCCUCCGCGCCGGGCGCCGAGAGGCCAGGUCGUGUCACCCCGAGUGGCUGUCGGUGCUCUGGGACAGCUUCACUGAGAGUUCUUCACAGUUGUACAUUUAUAAGGGGUCGCUCCCUGAGAGAAUGUAGAAUAUUUGUGACAUUGUAGUUACGUUUUUAUACUUUUUCUAGCAGACACUUUCAUAUUAAGGUGUUACAGAACAUGGAGAGCUUCUAUUUUUGUACAAACCCUGGGUUUUUUUUCUGUGUGAAUCAUCUACAGAAUGAGAACCGGAAGUUUAGUGCACUUUAUAAAAAAGUAACACCAGGGGAUUUAGUCAUUUUAUAAUUUCACUUUCAGGGGUGAACUGUGUAAUGUUCUCUUUUGAGACAGGGUCUCACUGUGUACCCAGGCUGGCCCCAAACUCAUGGCGAUCCUCCUGCCUCAGCCUCUG